UCCAUUGGUCUUGUAAAGCCUCGCACUGAGAAAAGAGAACCCUCUCUGGCGUCUGAGCGCUGUGUUUAUCAGACGCUUGGCUAAUCCUCUACUGGUGUCUCCACACAUCACUAAUUCCGAGCCGCUUGUUCCUCCCAACCCUCGGCAGCACGUCUUUUCUCGGAGGCAGCGGGUGAGAGAGACCAGUUGGGUUUGGGCGAGUUAGAGAGGGGGAGUCUAAAAGGCAGUGCGAGGAGAGCUGGGAGGUAGGUAGGCUAACGAAGGAAGGACAGAUCCAUUGAGAUGGUGGGUGUAGCACAGGGAAACCAGUGAUAGAGGAGACGAGGAGCCCCUCCACCACCUCCACCUUCUGCUUCAACCCCCGCGAGCCGAGCCGUGGCAGACUGCGCGACGCCACGGUUUCCCCCCCAUAACCGCCCGGAGGAGAUUGGGCUGUGCGGGAGCAGGAGCCUGUUGCCUGGAUACCCCUGCUGUCGCCACGGAGGCAACAAGCCAGGAUUGAGCCGUGUGUGUGCGUGCGUGCUAGCUGGUGCCGCUGCCAUGGGAAACUCCCAGCUGGCUGACUGUGUAGACGUCUCUCUAGCUCGCUGACAUGGCAGGACGAGGAAGACACCACCCUGAUCCGGCUUUGAGGGGAGGAGGUGGGAGGCAGUGAGUGGGACUGCGGGGGAGGGAGAGAGGAGGGGCACUGGAGAGAAACCCACAGGUUACCGUGGUCCUACCGAGGCAAAGGGAAGAAGCGAAAGCAGGCGGGACCAGAGGGGCCGAGGAAGGGGGGGGGGGUGCUGGGAGGGGAGGGGGCUGGUCAGUUGCAGCAGGAAGGUGGCCGGCGCGGGGGGACAUGCAAAUCCAGUCUCCAGCCUCCAGCUUCAUCCUCGAUCCGAGAUGCGUGCUGGCCUCCAAAAUGGAAAUGCAGCGUGAGCAGAGUAUCUGCCAGGCGCGAGCCGCCGUCAUGGUGUACGACGACGCCAACAAGAAGUGGGUCCCCGCCGGCGGCUCCACGGGCUUCAGCAGAGUCCACAUCUACCACCACACGGGCACCAACGCCUUCCGCGUGGUGGGCCGCAAGAUCCAGGACCAUCAGGUGGUGAUAAACUGUGCCAUUCCCAAGGGGCUCAAGUACAACCAGGCCACGCAGACCUUCCACCAGUGGCGCGACGCACGCCAGGUCUACGGCCUCAACUUCGGCAGCAAGGAAGACGCCAACGUGUUUGCCAGCGCCAUGAUGCACGCCCUGGAGGUGCUCAACUCGCAGGACACAGGCCCCACGUUGCCCAGGCAGAGCCCCCAGGUCCAGAAUGGCCCCACGCCAGAGGAGAUGGAGCUGCAGAGAAGGCAGCUCCAGGAGCUGCAGAGGCAGAAGGAGGUGGAACGGGAGCAGCAGGAGCGCGAGCGUCAGGAGAGGGAGCGCCUAGAGCGCGAGGCGCUGGAGCGCCAGGAACAGGAGCGUCUGGAGAGGGAGGCGCAGGCGGAGCGCGAGCGCCUGGAGCAGCAGGAGCGCAGCGAGCGUGAGCUGAUGGAGAGGGAGAAGGCAGAGAGGGAGCAGCAGGAGCAGUUGGACAGAGAGCAGCAGGACUGGGAGAGAGGAAGACGCGUCUCCAACGCCGCGUUCGAGAGCAGCCUGUACAGCGGGACGCCGUCCUCGGAAGCAGCCCCCGCCCACCCGCCACCCGGGACGCCGUCGCCCUCCUUUGCCACCCCGCCGACCCCGCCUCUGAGACACUCUGCCUCCCGAUUCGCCACCUCGCUAGGCUCCGCCUUCCACCCGGUGCUGCCUCACUACGCCACCGUGCCGAGGCGGCAGCAGGCUUUCCCCCUAGCCCCGCCCCCUGCACCCGUUCCGGCCCCCGCCCCGCAUCCGCCAGCCAAGGCCGUGGUGUGGUCGGCGUGCAACUUCACGCCCCUGCCGCCCUCGCCACCCGUCAUGAUCAGCAGCCCCCCGGGGAAGGCUGCCGGCCCGCGGCCGCUCCUCCCCCUCGCGGCCCCCUCGCCGCUCACCCAGAAGCCGCCCUCGCCGGGCCACAACGGCCCGCCCAGCUUCCCCGCGCCGUCGCCCGUUACCAUCCCGCACGGCCACACCCCCUUUGGUGUCGCCUGCCCCACCCCGCCUCCGCCUCCCACCCCGCCCCCUCUCCCCUCCCCCUCGGCCCCCCGUCCGUCUUCCUCCUUCGUCUCGUCUCCCCCCUCCUCAUCCCAGGCUCCUGGUGUGCCCUCUCCCUUCACAGCCGCAGCCGAGCACCUCUCGCUCCCUGUGAGCCCAGGCCUGACGGGGCCGGGGGGGGCAGACGCGGCCCCGGGGCCACCGGCCCACCCGACCGCGGGGGGCUCCUCCUGUGAAGCCCAGCCCCAGGAAGUGUUGCAGACCUUGGGGUCGACCGUCCUCGCCCCUCCCCCGCCGCCGCCCCUGCCACCCGGCUCUACUGUGACCUCCCCGGCCGUCACCCCGUCGGCCGGCCACCCUCCCCCGCCCCCGGCUCCCCCGCUUCCCCCCACGCUGACUCCAGGCGGGACCCCCCCUCCUCCUCCUCCUCCUCCAGGGCCGCCUCCUCCCACCGGAGCCCCGCUCCCUCCGCCGGCGCCCCCCCUUCCCGCCGGACUGUUCUCCCCCGCCGAGGACCGUCCCGUCUCGGGCCUCGCCGCCGCCCUCGCCGGGGCCAAGCUGCGCAAAGUGGCCCGGAGUGACGAUGCGGGGGCCGCUCUGGCAGCAGCCAUGCUGGGGGCAGGGGGUGCCGCGGGGGCCAAGUCCGAAGCCAGAGGCAACGGCCCUGUGCCUGGAGGAGGAGGGCUCAUGGAGGAGAUGAGCGCCCUAUUGGCCAGGAGGAGGAGAAUCGCAGACAAGGGCUCGUCUCCUGAACCCGACCAGAGAUCGGAGGAGGGCGAGAUCAACACGACUCCUAAAGUGUCAGCCUGUAGCACACCAGACAUGCCCAGGAAGCCGUGGGACCGAACAAACACCAUGAACGGUAGCAAGUCUCCAGUCAUCGGACGGCCCAAAUCCACACCUGCUGCGUCCUUGGGGGCCAACGGUGUGCCAACAGAAGCAGUGGACUACGACAGGUUAAAGCAGGACAUCUUGGAUGAGAUGAGGAAGGAACUGUCGAAGCUAAAAGAAGAGCUCAUCGAUGCAAUCAGGGAGGAGCUUGGAAAGUCCAGCUCGGCGUAGAGGAGCCAAACUCCCCCUCCACAAAGCCAGCUGACACCAGAGCGAUACGACAGAUGGAAACCCAUCAAACAAUUAAACAACGGCAACAACUAUCAUGUGGAUGCUGGAGGAGAGAGAGAGAGAGAGAGAGGACGCAUUUCCCUCUGAGGAAAAGAUGAUUUCUCUCUCUUCGUCCUAUGAUAAAAAUCUAAAUACUCUUUGCUACUGUAUUAUGUGAACUAUGACCUGAUGCUAAGAAUACAGACUUUUCAAAAGGCACGUUUUAUUAACGCGGGGGGCGUAAAAUCCAACCCCUUUUUCCUAUAAUGCCACAGGGGCAGCGUGUGUGUGACUGUGUGUGUGAGAGUGCGUAUGGGACAGUCUCUGGUGAAGUCCACCACUGCAGGACACUGUAAAGCUCGUCUUCCUCAAAUACUAUUUUAACCUGAAUAUGUACAAAAGAGAGAGAAACCAGUUAUUUAGAAGAAGACAGAAGAGCAUCUAUCAACCAUGUGGGUGUGAGUGUGGACCUUGAUCCGUACCAAGUAGCUCGUUAGCCCGACCCUCCCUGUAGCCCCCACCCAGCGCCGCGUUCAGGGUCCCUGUCUGCAUGUCCGUCUUGGUUUUUUUGUCCGCUCACGGUGGGGCGCAGGGGCCACAGGUCAGCCGCAACGUCCUAAAAGUUUUCAUACAAGCAAUAAGUGUAGCAUCUCUUUUUUAAAGGGCCCCCGGUCCAAGGCCACGGAGCCUUUUUUGGAUGUCUCGUGUGUCCCUUUUUGGGGGCCGGAGGACGAUGUCACCACCAUCGCAGCUAUUCUGUGACUCCGGGGGAUGAAAAGACUAGAACAUCAGAUGUCACGGUUCCUAAAUCCCAGUGCUCCUAUUCUUAUUUUCUAUUAAACAGGAUUCUACGUGUUCAACCGCGUUGGAGCUGAACAGAUUUUUGUAUCAUUUUAUCAUUAUUAUUUUACUGCAUUUCUAAAGUUGAUUGAAAGGUGACGGGACAAGCGACAUGUGUGAAGGACACGCUUUGAAUAUUUCUAGUGCUUACUGACGACGUGCCUCAUCAUUUUUCUCUCUCUGCCUUUUUUUUGUCAAAAUCCCUUCACCUGUUCCUUCCCUGAGAUUUGACAUGGAUGAAGGGGGGCUGUCACUUUAUUCUGAACCCAUCUGGCCCUGUUCGGGGCCCAGUUGGUUUCACUGAAGUACAAUCAAGCUGAGAGGGAAAUGUCUAAAAACUGUAGCCACUGCCUCAAUGAGUUGAAUUCUGUGCUGGCUGUCGUAAUGAGAUCCAGAAGGUGGGACGGGUCCUGUAGCCGAGCCCAGUGGGGGCUGAUGGGACCCUCCCAGUUUUACUACGUUUACAUUGAAUAUCGUACUUCUGUUAAGUGGGGACACUUGCGAUGGGCCGACUGUAAGACCAAGAACACUCCAAAGGUUUUAACAAAUGCUAAAAGCAUCUUGCAUUUUGUCCCUGGAUUCAGGCCUUAGCAUCUGUUCUCCCCAUUAGACGUUCUGCCUGAGGAGUAUGGUCGUCUUUGCCAAAACCCAAUUCCACUUCAAUUCCAGAUAUACGCUGCGAAUGGUGUCCGAGGCGAGGCCUUCUGGUGACAUCACCACGGUCACCUCCCCUCCCAGGGUCCCGGGCACAAGCUCCGCCCACCUCUGGCCGUCCAAUCUCUGGCCACGCAGCCACUUUCUGGGGGCCCGGGGGCCUGAGGAGGUGCAGGUGCAAGAAGCUCCGGGUCCUCUGCUUUGCUUUGGAUCCGGUUGUGGGAUCGGCUCGAUCGAGGUUGUGUCAUCCUCAUCCACUCCCGACUAUAUAUGGAAACACGGCAUCGACCCCCCCCAACAGAACAAUCCAACCCACUCUGACAACAGCCACGUGUCCCGCCUCUCACCCCAAAGGAUCGGCUCGACACCAGGUCGCCUCUCUUGUCAAUUCUGUUUCUUUUCCGUUUUGGAGAGAUCCGUAAAACGAGGGCGGCGCCCGGCAGUCUGCGCUCAGUCCUGUAGGACAAGACGGAGGUGAUAAAUGUGUCGACUGUUGGUAAAGCCACGUGGUUUGUGCCUUGUUCCGAAGUUGCAUUUAAUAUGUCAAACAUAUAAAGAUGACUAGUAAUAAUAUCUAGGGACUGUUGUUAUGAUCACAUGCAGGUGUAAUUUAGUUUGGCUUCUUCUUUUGUUUCUUAUUACUUAUGUUCAUGUUUAUUUUAAGGGGGAAUUUGAAUCAACUUGGUACUGUUCCCAACAUAAAACCCAUCUUCUUAUGACAUACCGUUGAGAGGUUUGCUUCUCUAAUACAGCCUUUGAGACACGAGGCCCUUCGCUCCCAGGUGGUUUACUCUAAAUCUGAAGUCCAGAUAAGAUGAGUUGUUCUGUGACGCCAUCAGACCACGCGUGUGUUCAGCCAAUCCGCUUUCUUCACUUCUUUUUAUUUUGAAAGAGUAUUUUUUCCUCUCCAGCGAUGUCUUCUCCGUGCUGAGGUCAGAUGGCGAUGCCGAUGGGAACUCGUGUCUCUGAAGGAGUUGUGUUACACCGAAGGGCUCCCAGACUUGUUCUUUAUUCGGGUGCAUUGUACCAUAACCUUCUCAUGUUAAUUAGUCUUUUCUUACAUGUUAACAUAAUGUUUUUCGUUUGAGCAAAUAAAAUAAAAACUACAUUACAAGA